AUGCUGCGCCACGGCCCGCUGGCCCUGGGCUGGUGCGCCACCGCCCUGACCCUGUGCGGCCUGGCCGCCCUCCAGUCCCUGUGCUGGUCCCGGGACGUGGUGGGCACCAACUCCCGCAAGCUCCUGCUGGACCAGGAGCCGGUGCUGGAUGCCCUCGUCGCAUCCUGCGUGAAGACCUACCGUUUCCAGUGGUGGGGCUGGGCCCUCCAGCUGGCCUACCUGGCGGGCGCCACCCUGAAUGCCGCGCGGAGCAGCUGCACCCCGGCGGUGGGCAUCCACAUCCUGGGCGCCACAGCCACCGUCCUGGCCAUGCUCUUUGCCAACGACAACCUCAAGGCCAUGGAUGACGCCGCUGGAAUCCUCUUCUCCCGCCUCACCCUGACCUUUGUGGGCUUCACGCUGAUCGCCGUCUUCAACUUCCUGAACUUCAUCGGGCACGAUUGCGUCGCUCAGGCUGCAUGCUCCCAGGCCACGGCCCGCGAGCAGAAGAUCAACGCAGGAGCCGGGGCCGCCCCCGAGGUCCUUGCCACCACCGCCUGA